GCCUUCACCGAACUGGUGAUCUUCUAACUGUGGUAGUGACAAUGUUGUGUAUCUGCAAGGAUACAUACUUCUAAAAUAACUUUUGAUUUGCUUACAAAUGAGUGAUUUAGCCAGUUAGGCUAGCUAAUGGCUUCCACAUCAAACAACCAGAGCUAACGCAGGGGAUGUCAGCUAGCUAGCGUUAAGUGCUUUGGUUCAGUGGUGUGCAGGUUUCAUACUCUCGACCCCAGUCUUCCCCACUCAAGAGCGUUUCCUCAUCUCGGAGACUAAAUGCAACUGGACCAGGGGGCUUGUGGGCAUGAAGUGGCUGGGCGAAUCCAAGAACAUGGUAUUAAAUGGCAGACGACACGGAACGAAGUUGACCAGCGAACCACCUGUGAGCCAGAGCCAGACUCGCUCUCAGCAUCCACAGAGGGCAUCCCUGCGCCCCAACAAAACCCACCCAAGAAACCGAAGAUGUAGCCGCAGGUUUAAUGCAGCCAACCUGGAGGCUGAGAGGCGGUAUGUGCCCUCUUCAGGAAUGACUGCCAAGGAGUUGUGUGAGAAUGAUGACCUAACCACAAGCCUCAUCUUGGACCCAUACCUUGGCUUUCAAACUCAUAAAAUGAACACCAGAUUUAGGCCAAUUAAGGGAAGGCAAGAGGAGCUGAAGGAGAUCAUUGAGCGUUUCAAGAAACAUGACAACUUGGAGAAAGCUUUCCGGGCUUUGACGUCUGGAGACUGGUCACGAAAUCUAUUUCUCCACAAAACAAAAGCGCAGGAGAGGCUCUUCAAGCAACAUGUGUUUGUGUAUCUGCGGAUGUUUGCCACUGACAGCGGGUUUGAAAUUCUUCCUUGUAACCGUUACUCAUCAGAGCAAAAUGGAGCUAAAAUUGUGGCAACAAAAGAAUGGAAAAGAAAUGAUAAGAUUGAGUAUCUUGUGGGUUGCAUUGCCGAGCUUUCAGAGAGCGAGGAGAACUUGUUGCUCAGGCACGGGGAGAAUGACUUCAGUGUCAUGUACUCGACUCGCAAGAACUGUGCGCAGCUUUGGUUGGGACCGGCUGCGUUCAUCAAUCACGAUUGUCGACCAAACUGCAAGUUUGUAUCGACAGGACGGGACACUGCCUGUGUCAAAGUUUUGAGGGACAUUGAACCAGGGGAGGAAAUAUCUUGUUACUACGGAGAUGGUUUUUUUGGGGAAAACAAUGAGUUUUGUGAAUGUUAUACAUGUGAAAGACGGGGUACUGGUGCUUUCAAAUCUAAAGCUGGGCUGCCAGUGGAGGUACCGGUGAUCAAUAGCAAGUACGGGUUGCGGGAGACAGACAAGCGACUGAACCGACUGAAGAAACUGGGGGAAGGAAACAGGAAUUCGGAUAGUCAUUCUGUGGGCUCCCACACUGAUGUAGACUCUCAGGAAAUGCCAAAAACACAUCAAUCUGCCAGAAAACGAGCAUCGUCUGGCAUGAAGUAUAAAAACAGGACUCAAACCAGACAGACUUUGUCAAGAGCCCUUACUACCUCAUGUUCAAAACAAGGUCGCGUAAACAAUAACAGGGUACCAAAGAGACUAAAAUCCCAAUCCAAGCCUUCACUAAGUAAAGUCCAGUUGCGGAGUCGCAGGAGGGCUGCAGAGCCCAAGGCAUUGGCCAAAGGGGACACUUGCCAGCUGGGUCUCAGGGACUCAAAGGUGUCGCUGUGUAAAGGUGUCACCGUCAAGAAGGAGAAGGAUGGACAGGAGCUGGUGCAGCAGACACUAGGCCAGCGGGGCUGCCUUACUCGCUAUGCUGCCAAUGCUGCCAAGGAGAACGGCAAUCUAGCAGCUGUGCAAAGCAGCGAGGGUAGCCAGUGUUCAACGUACAGAACUCGCAGGUCCACUAGGACUCUUGUAAAAGCCCAGGACACAGCAGGUGGAGUUAAGCUGGAGCCCAGUGCUCUGGAAGGCUUGAGCCCAGUCCCUGGUGGAGUGGUCAUUAAAACAGAGCCAGCUGAUAUGGAGGAGUAUCUCCACUCUGGGGUCGGACUGGAGCAGCCGAAACUAGAUACCGGCUACAGUAGAAGAGGAGGGUCAUGCAGCAGGCAGAAACGGCUGACACGGCUCAGGACUGAGCGGACAAUUAAAUGUGAGGACUCGUACAGUGAGCCGUUCGUGCCGGUGUCCGCCGGUCAUGCUGCCAGCUUCUCAGACUGUGGUAACGUGCUUUUGAGCUACUCGGACCGACACAGGGACUACAAAGGCGUCGCCAACGGGAGCAAAUCCCUUCGCAGGGACAAAAGCAAGGGCAGCUGCCGGUCGCAAGACAAGGGCAAGAAGAAGCGCCAGAUCACACGUUACGAUGCACAGCUGAUCCUGGAGAACAACACGGGCAUCCCCAAACUGACGCUCCGCCGGCGGAGGGACAGCAGCAGCAGCAAGACCAAUGACCCCAGCGAUGCCAUCGGCUCCUCGAACCUUUCCACCGCUGCCAUCAACUCAGCCUCUUCCAGCAAGAUCAGCAUCAAGUUCAGCAAGGACCGUGAUAAGGACAAGGGCAGCUCAUACAUAGCCAGACUGAAUAACGGCUUUGCCCCCGUGGUCCACAGUAACUCCACCAAGUUAAAAAUCCAACUGAAGAGGGAGGAUGAUGCACGGAGAAUAUCCCAGACAAAGGCAGACCAGAUGUCCUACAACGGGGACAUUGGUCAAAGUCUGGAGGCAAGGAAUGGUGCACACCGGACCCAAAAGGUCAUGGGAGACCCAACGUCCGAAGAGGACAAUGACGAUGAAGGGGAGGACGAAGACGACUACUUCGACAAUGAGUUCGAAGAUGAUUUCAUUCCACUUCCUCCAGCGAAGCGUCUCCGACUUAUUGUGGGUAAAGACUCCAUGACCAUUGAUAUCUCCUCCACGAGGAGAGAAGAUCAGUCUCUGAGGCUCAAUGCAUAAGCUGUGGAGCUCAUCACUCCCACCUUUUCCUGUAAAUAAAGAUGACUUGCUAAUCAACUGUUGUGUUGAUGUAAAAGAAGUACAGUAAUUUAAAAACAAAACAAAAAAAUCCUGAAAAAACAAGAAUUGAAAUGUUACUAGAGGGGGCUGUUGAACUGUAACUAAUUCUCAUGAUUCCUCUUUAUUUUGAUCAUCUUUAAGUUUCUGUUCUAUUGUUAAGGUCUUAUAGAAACGGUUUACCCAAAGUUUACUCACCCAGAGUUGGUUAAAUGAAACUAACUAUAAUUGAUAAUUCAUCCUUCAUUUGUUGUCAGUAAAAGUGUCAGAAGUUCGCAGGUUGCACUUUCUAAAUGCAUGAACUAUUUGUUAUAUCUCACUAUGAAACUAAUGUUUUUAGAAUUCGGAUUACUGUGGGACAAAUUAGUUUGGCCUCUGAGCACAAACGCAACCAGCAUUUUUGACCAUUUUUACUGACAAUUUAUUGAAAAAACAACCGAUCUUUAAAAUAACCAACUUUCAUCCAUACACUCAUUUUUUUCUUGGCAUUUAAACUGCAUGCGAUGCUAUCUGUAAAUGCAGCAAGUUGCCAAGUUGUUUUGAAAUAAUUCAACGGUAUGCUAAGUGAAAAAGGAGAAUUAGUUUUCAGUUCAACUAUUCCUUUAAGUGAAUGCACUUGUUCUAUUCAUAAUGGACAUGGAUAUUGUAGAAAGUGUACAGUAUGGUGACUAUCCCCUCUGUCUCAUAGGCAGGUUUUUAUUGAACUUUCUGUCUCAGUUUGUAUAAUUUUUGUGGCAGACCAUACUAUGUCACGUAUGGUGUGGUUGGUCCAGAGGCAUUAUAAUAAGGUUCAUUUUGGAGUCUGGUGCCAUGUUCUCAUUAUCUCCGUAGGGUUCCUGCUAGAGAAUCACUUGAAUUAUCACUGUAUUAAUUACUUAUGCAUCUCCAUAGAAGUCAAACUUGUAUCAUGAAGUUGCUCAUGUUUGGUGCUUCACAGGCAGGCAGAGCUUUUUUUAAGUAGAAAGUUAAUAUUUUUAGAUGGAGCUGAAUCCAAGUUGGUGUGUUGUGGACCACUGACGUAAACAUCUCACAAAGGAAUUCAUAAUGAAACACUUAUAAACUCUGCAUGCUUAAUUUCUGUCUAAUACUCAGUUUCAUUUCCAUUAUGAAAGGGUUUAUUUAGAACAUUUGCAGCAGAAAAGAAUGAUGUGCACAAGUCCUUCUCAGUGUACUGGCUGCCAGCAGUCCAUUUGGGGCGUUUUUAAAAUAAAACUGCAUCAAAUAAAAGCACACAGGAUCUAUAAGCAAGUCAAAAAUGUCUCAUUAAAUGGAUUUAGGUUGUUUUUUUGUUUUGUUUUUUUUACCUGAGUUUGAUUUGAGCUUUGGAGCAGCUGUAUAAUGGCAACAUGGCACAGAUAUGAGUUUGAGCCUUUCACUCAAGAAGAGAAACUGAAAUCAAACCAAAUCCAUAUAUAAAGGUUUCAUCUAUGCUUUUUGAAAGUAAUGUACAGAAAGACUGGCUCCACAUCCCCCAGCAAGACCACGAAUUACAUUUUAUCACAAGUCCAGUCUCAUUGUUUUUCAACUCAAUCUGAUUUUGGAAGCAAGUAAAUGAUGUUCGUUGACACUAGAAAAUCACAUUGUCUGAAAUGUACUUAAUAGCAUAGAAAAAUGUAUUCUUUACUCUUUGGUGCUACUUUAUUUCCUUAUCAUCAUCUGUUUGAAUUUGUGUCCUGUAUUACCCUGUUGGUGGCAGCAUUAACUUCUUAACAAGCCUGAAUUUAGGAUAUGUCUCACAUCAUUUAUCUGUUGUAUCUAGUCCAUUUUUUUCUUUACAGGAUAUUUUUCGAUGCACAAUUCUGAAAAAACUAUCCAACAGCAUUAGGUGCCUUAAGAAAGACACAUUUAGACCAAAUUCGUGACGUGAUUAAUCAGUGAAGAGUGAAAAUGUUAAGCCAUUUGCUUCCCCUUUGAAUUAUCGGAAAUGCUUCUCAAAGUCUCCGUCAGUCCUUCUGUAUAUUAUUUUUGUUUCUGUGGAAGUAAAUGAACUGCCCAAUGGAUCAAGGGAUCAACUGAGAUGAAUGUUAACCCACUCUUCUUGUGUUUAAUAUGUACUGUUCAUAUCACCAGCAGCUAAUCACCGUUCUGAACCUGGCUCAGUCUGUCCUUCCCUUUUGUUCAGACGUCUCCAUCCGACACUGUAAACUGUUCCAGGUGUACCUACGUCUGUGUGGUCUUUGUCCAAUAGACAGCUGUCAAGAUUUCCAAUUGAUUCAAAAGAAAGAGGAAAAAAAAAAGCAAAACAAAUGUGAAUAGUUUGCGGACAUUUUAGCGUGUUGCGUGGGUAGUGGGAAACAUGUAAAGAGAAUUAAAAAUGGGCAGUGCAUAUAUUGUCCGAUAUGUAAAUCAUGUGAACACAUCUUGUACUUAUUUAACAGUUUUGAAUACUUGAAAACUAUAUAAAGUUUCUUUGUGACUCUU